AAACGUUGUUGAGUAAUUUCAUUCCAACUCCUAUAUUCCUCUUCUUUCUCUUCAAUCUCUCUACAUAACGAUCCCUCGGUAGCUUCGUCUCUCUCUCUCUCUCUCUCUACUGAAUUGCCUUCGCAGCCCAAAUCCAAUUCACUGUUGCAGUAAUUGUGCUUUCUGUCGCCAAUCGCCGAUGCUCUACAACUUUGGUUCGCACUCUUCUCCGGCGCGAUCUUCAAUUCACUACACCGCCGAUUCGUUACAUCACUGCUGGAGUUACCUUCAAUGCGAAUUUGAUCCCCGAUUAUUCACGGGAGCAUAGCCAUUGGAAGGAGAUCAAGUGUGAAAUAUGGAAACCAUGGGGACAAAAAAUCCUAACCGUGGAAAUUUCCAUCAAAGACCUAGUCCUCCACCCUUUGCUGCUGUUUCUCAGAGUACGACAUCUUUUUUAUCAUCUGGCCCUGUGGUUGGAUCGGAGGCCCCUGCUUUUAGACCCACACCACUAAGUGCUCCACAGACUACAAGGCCUUUCUUAUCGUCUGGGCCCAUGGUUGGAUCAGAAGCAUCUGGUUUUAGACCUACACAAACAGGUAAAUAUGAUGAUCCAUCUAUACCUCCUCCACCAUCAUCAUAUGCUCCACCAUCUGUUGGACCUUUCCAGCGUUUCCCAACACCACAAUUUCCUUCAACAGCUCAAGUAGCCUUUCCAUGCAAUUCUGCUCUGGGGCAGCCAGUUUUUUCUCCACCAAUUAGACCUCCAGCAGGUCAUGUUCCAUCCCCGCCAUCUUCUCUUCAUCCACAACCCCAGGUACCAUAUGUGCCGAUGGGAUCACCCCCUCAGAGCAUAAACCAUAUGCCAUCAAGCAUGAAUGUACCUCCAUCAUCUUUAGAUCCGUCGUUUUCUGCUCCAAGGACAACCUUGGAGUCAUCACAGUCGGCUUUUCCUGGUUAUCCUAGUAUGCCAUCUAAGGUAGUUACACAGCCUCCACCUGUACAGUCUACCCCUUUUGCUACCCGUCAGGGAGGUUAUGGUCCCCCCCCACCUGCGACAUCUUCCCCUUUUCUAGCUCAUCAAGGAGGUUACGUUCCCCGUCCACCUGUUGCUGCUCCUUUAGGUGUCUAUUCAAGGGAACAAAUGCCACACCAAGGCUCUGGACCACAAAUGGGAGCUGUGCAGGGCUUGACUGAAGACUUCAGCUCUCUGUCUCUUGCUUCUGUCCCUGGAACAACAAUUGAUCAGGGAUUUGAUUCUAAAGCAUUACCAAGGCCAUUGGAUGGUGAUGUGGAGCCAAAGUCUUUUGCUGAGAUGUAUCCCAUGAAUUGCAGUUCUAGAUAUCUACGUCUUACAACUAGUGCUAUUCCAAAUUCUCAGUCUUUGGUUUCAAGGUGGCAUUUGCCUCUUGGAGCAGUUGUGUGCCCUCUUGCAGAAGCUCCUGAUGGGGAGGAGGUGCCGAUAGUUAACUUUGCCCCAACUGGCAUUGUUCGUUGUAGAAGAUGUCGAACAUAUGUGAAUCCAUACGUGACAUUCACAGAUGGUGGAAGAAAGUGGCGCUGCAACAUCUGUGUUUUGCUUAAUGAUGUUUCGGGUGAUUAUUUUGCCCAUUUAGAUGCCAGCGGCAGAAGAGUUGAUUUGAAUGAACGGCCUGAGCUUAGCAAGGGAGCCCCUGCUGAAUAUAUGGUGCGGCCUCCAAUGCCUCCACGAUACUUUUUCCUCAUUGACGUAUCGAUAUCCGCUGUUAGAAGUGGAAUGCUUGAGGUUGUGGCACAAACUAUUAAGUCUUGUUUGGAUAAAUUGCCUGGCUGUCCCAGAACACAAAUUGGGUUCAUAACUUUUGACAGCACCAUACAUUUUUAUAACAUGAAGUCGUCUUUGACGCAGCCUCAAAUGAUGGUGGUCUCAGAUCUGGAUGAUAUAUUUGUUCCUUUGCCUGAUGAUCUCCUUGUCAACUUGUCAGAAUCAAGGACUGUGGUGGAUGCUUUUCUAGAUAGUUUAUCCUCGAUGUUUCAGGACAAUGUGAAUGUGGAAUCUGCUUUUGGUCCAGCUCUUAAAGCAGCAUUUAUGGUUAUGGGCCAACUUGGUGGUAAAUUGUUGAUUUUCCAGAAUACACUGCCUUCACUUGGUGUUGGCCGCUUAAGGUUGCGUGGAGAUGAUUUUCGUGUUUAUGGAACAGAUAAAGAGCAUGUGUUAAGAAUACCUGAAGAUCCAUUUUACAAACAGAUGGCUGCUGAUUGUACCAAGUGUCAGAUAGCAGUGGAUGUAUAUGCAUUCAGUGACAAGUACACUGAUAUAGCUUCACUAGGAACUUUGGCAAAAUAUACUGGUGGUCAAGUAUAUUACUAUCCGAGCUUCCACUCAGCCAUUCACAAAGAGAAGUUGAGACAUGAGUUAGCCAGAGAUCUUACAAGAGAAACUGCCUGGGAAGCUGUCAUGCGCAUAAGAUGUGGAAAAGGUGUGAGGUUCACAUCUUACCAUGGGAAUUUUAUGUUGCGGUCCACGGAUUUGUUAGCGCUUCCAGCUGUAGACUGUGAUAAAGCUUAUGCAAUGCAGUUGAAUCUUGAAGAAACAUUAUUGACCACUCAGACUGUAUAUUUUCAAGUUGCUUUGUUAUACACUUCAUCUUCUGGAGAGAGGCGUAUCAGAGUACAUACUGCAGCGGCGCCAGUAGUUGCAGAUCUAGGAGAGAUGUAUCGCCAGGCUGAUACUGGUUCCAUUGUUUCUUUGUUUUGUAGGCUAGCAAUUGAGAAAACUCUGUCAUAUAAACUGGAAGAAGCUCGAAACUCAGUUCAACAGAGGAUUGUCAAAGCCCUGAGAGAAUAUAGGAACCUAUAUGCUGUGCAGCAUCGCUUGGUAGGCAGGAUGAUAUACCCAGAAACACUGAAGUUCUUGCCUUUGUAUGGCUUAGCACUAUGUAAGUCAAUAGCCCUUCGUGGUGGAUACGCUGAUGCACAGCUCGACGAACGCUGCGCAGCAGGGCACGCCAUGAUGACUUUACCAGUUAAAAGAUUGUUGAAGUUGCUAUAUCCUAAUUUGGUUCGGAUUGAUGAGUAUCUUGUAAAGGCAUCUUCAAUGGCUGAUGAGUUUAACAUUUCAAGGCUACCACUUAUGGCAGAUAGCUUAGAUUCCAGAGGCCUUUAUGUUUAUGAUGAUGGUUUCCGGUUUGUUAUCUGGUUUGGUAAAAUGCUUUCACCUGAUAUAGCUAUGAACCUACUGAGGGAAGACUUUGCAACAGACUUUUCGAAGGUUACUCUGUGUGAGAAUGACAGUGAAAUGUCAAGAAAGAUGAUGGCAGUAAUUAAGAAAUUUAGAGAGAUCGACCCUUCAUAUUAUCAGCUAUGUCACCUUGUAAGACAAGGUGAACAACCUAGAGAAGGUUACUUUCUCCUUGGAAACCUAGUUGACGACCAGACUGGUGGUAUAAGCGGUUAUUUAGAUUGGAUUCUGCAUAUGCACCGGCAACUGCAACAAAAUGCAUAGUACAGAGAUUUUACACUGUAGCUGGGGAUGGCUUGUUCCAACCUUUUCUCUUUCCAGACGACCAAAUGUUUUAUUUGAAGCUCGGAAAUAUUCUGGAUUCAGUUGCUGCUUCCCCACAAAGCAUGGGUGGUUGAUUCGAUGGAAACUGGUUGCAGAGUCAGAUAUGCAAACAACAAUUUGUGGGUUCAUUGCGAGAUUUAGCUGUUUUUUUUAUGGAAAGAAUCUGAUAAAAUUUGUGUGGUUUAUUACCUACUGUUGACGAUAACAAUUUUUUUUUUUGAGCAGGUGAUACGUCCAGUCGUUAAGUAAUAUACAUGAUGUCUGUUUACAUACUUUUGAGAUAUUAUUAAGGCAAUAGACUAGUAUUUAUGUUACUUUCGUGUGGUGCAUUUUGUUUAAAUAUUAGCAUGGGAUAGACAUACGCUGAACUUGGGUCCUUGUGAGAUGGACCCAACUUAACCUAGACUUGAGAAAAUCGAAAUAGAAGUGGAUGCUACUCUGGUGGUGAAUUUUCUAAAUAAUAACAACGAUCAUCAUCAUCA